CAGCACCGCGCGACCAAUGAUCGCGCGGAAGAUAAUCUCGCGCUGAAUGUCAAGUUCGUAAAUCCGCCACGGCGUUCCCGGUCAUUUCCCACUCGGUCGAUACUGUCAAUUGAUCAUUUACCGACGAAACAAAUUUGCGGCAUUUCAUCGGAAGUUUUCUACCGUUAUAAAAUGUUAACUUUCGGUCAAAUAUUCAUUGUUGACAUUUUUUCUCUUAUUUUUAUGAAAAUUAUUAUUCUGGUGCCUUUGUCGGUGAUAUUGGUCGAGACUCACAAUUCUUUGCAGCUUGGCGUCGGGAAAACGAACGAAAAUUCGUAAGAACGAAAUCCAGUAGACGUUGAUCGAUUCCAAAAUGGAAAAUCCAGAUUUUGACGGACUCUUCGCAAAGUUGAUUGAAAAAUGUAAAAUCACAGAAUCAACAGAGGAAAAUUCGACGUCGAGAUCGAAAAUUCAUUUGGAAAUCGAGUCCGUGAUAAGAAACAUUGACAAACAGAUCGAAUAUUGCAAAUUUUUGAUAUCCGAAACUCUCAGACUUUACGAAUCGAAAUUAAUUGCUAUCGGCGACCUUCAAAAAAAUCGUUUGAACAUCGAAAUCGAAGAAGCCAGCUGGGACGAAUUUGAGGCCAUGAUGAAUUCGCGAAUCAACGAAUUCCUCAAAGUUCGAAAAAACUAUCUCGAUCUCGUCAACGUGCAAGAAAUUUCGAACCAAAAAAACCAAGAAUUCUGUGAAAAUUAUGAAAAAAUAGUGUUGGAAAUAAACCAAGAAAAGAAUCACAUUUUCGACGAAAUCUCAAAAGUUGACAAAACCAUCGAAAGCCUCAAUUAUCAGAUUCUCGGUACGAAGAAUCGGAUCGAUUUCUUUCAAAUGGAGAACACGGUUUUUCGAGAUUGUCUGAAAAUGGAAGAAAACAAAUGGCGUCAACGCGCCGACGAGACCGAAGAAAAACUUCAAAAAUUCUUCAUCCUUCCCAAUCGACCAGAAUCUACUUAACUUUCCGAU